UCAUGAGAACAACAGCAGUAAGACGUUGUCAUCUGUUGUGAUCAUUGGAACUAAACAGACGUCGUGCAGCCAUGAAAACAGCUCAAGCCCCACCAGUGUGUGACGCUCAGGGGCACAGCACAAAGGGCCUCCUCACUAAUGACCAGGGAGGAGCCUGCAGGUGACACAGGAGCACCACUGGACACAAGUCUGGACAGUGCUCAUCUGCAGGCAGGUCAGCAUGGCUCCUCAGCUUUAUCUCACCGUCUACAACGAGCAGUUUGCGUCUCCGGGGAAAGUCAAGAGAGUCCAGCUUCGACCAACCUCUGCCCACCGCAGGAACAACCCCCAGCCUCCGCCGGAUUUCUUGUUUCCUCGUAACAUGAAGUCCAGCUGCAGGCAUACACGUUGUCCCCCACACCUCCAGCCCCCGGUGGACACCAGAGGGCCACUCUUUCCCCCGGUCAAACGUCUGUCCCUCCACGGUCCACGGACGGGACCAGACCAAAGUGGACCUCUCAGCUCCUCAGAAAAGGACAAACCUCCGUCCUCUGUUGAGACGCUGCCCUCUGUGGGUGGACACAAGAAACUGCAGUUCACUGAGCCUCCUGCAUCUGAGCUGAGCUGGAAGCCGCCGAGAAGAGUCGAUCAUCUUUCUCACUCCCUGCCGUCGCAGCAGCAGAUAAAGCUGAACGGAGCAGGCCGCAGACUAACCAGACCACAAACGACGCUGCAGCGUCGCCUCACCGCGGCGCCACUCAGAAGCGGCUGCUACAGCUGCUUCCAGGUGGUGAACCGUUACCAGGCUGGACAUUACAUCAUCCACCCCGAGUUUGUGUCUGAAUUCUCUCGCUAAAACCGUCCUGUAUGAUGCCUUACGACCACUCCACCCUGCCUGCACUCGCCUCUUCACCUCCUUCAUCUCUCAUUCACUGCAAAUCACUAUAUCAUCCGCAGUCAUCAUGGUCCAUGGCAUCUCCUUUCUAUCCCCACUGUCCCAAUGUUGUAAUAAAAGAACCCACAU